UUGACGGGCGAGCUUUCUUUACUUGGGCCAGUUUCUUCAUCUCUCGACCUCACCUCACAUCCAUCGCCCCCGAGCGAAGCACACUAUCACAUCCAUCCACUCACCCUGCCCGACUCUCCUGCUCCAUCACAACACCAUCACCUACGACUGCCCACUCUGUCGAGGCAUCCCUUGUCCGACGUCUGCACCCUCUGCACGCCCCAAAACUCCGUUCACGUUCCUGGCGACCUCUCCUCCACGCACCUUCACCGCGCUGUCGCGGUUCCCUCCAAUCCGCCCUCACAGCACGCUUUCCUUCACGGCCCCCGCUGUACAUAAAAGUCGCAAAGAUAAUCGAGAUCAAUUGAAACAAUCUCAACAUCGCGUUUGCACGCUCGUCGACUGUGAAGAGCGUAUAUAGCCGUUGAAGACUCAAGACCCAGAAACUCAUACAUAGAAGCCAUGUCUGCAUCACCCACCAUCGCGGCUUCCUCGACCAAGCGUCCGCUCGAGGAGCCCUCGUCGCCUGCCGGACUCAACGACCAGCCCGAUGCCAAGCGCCCUGCCCUCGAUAAAAUGGUCAAGGAUGAGGCCCCCAGUGCAGACGCUAUCGACAUUGCGCAGCCAGUCAAGGCAGAAUCUGUUGAUGUUGAAGGCAUCAGCGAAGAACAGGCAAAGGUGGUACCCGUCGCAACUCCCGCCGUCGAGAAUGGUACUGAGCCUAUCCAGACGGACACUAUUGUCCCUGACGCUCCCUCUAUUCUUGAGACCCAGCCCAUCCAAUCCACAUCUGGUGCCAAUGGACGCCCUGUAAACUCCAACCAACAGGUCGACGAGACCAACUGGCUGCAUGUACGCGCUUGCAUUGGCACCAGCGAGGCCGCCACCAUUAUUGGUAAGGGCGGAGAGAACGUGACCCAAAUCCGACGUCUGUCUGGCGCCAAGUGCACCGUCAGUGACUAUUCGCGAGGUGCUGUUGAACGCAUCCUUACUGUAAGCGGCCAAGUUGAUGCCGUGUCCAAGGCAUUUGGUCUCAUUGUACGCACUCUCAACCAAGAGGACCUCGAGACCCCUUCGACGUCUACAUCCAAGGCAUACCCCAUGCGUCUGCUCAUUCCCCACAUUCUUAUCGGAUCAAUCAUUGGUAAGGCUGGUGUUCGUAUCCGCGAAAUCCAGGAGGCUUCCAAUGCAAAAUUGAACGCGUCCGACACACUUCUUCCUAACUCAGGCGAACGUUCGCUGAUCGUUCUCGGUGUUGCCGAUGCCGUGCACAUUGCUGUGUACUAUGUUGCUCAGACUCUGGUCGAGCAGCUGACCGAGCGAUUUGGUGGCCCUGCAGCCUCCCAAUACGCGACCCGCAGCGGUAUGGCUGCCAACGUUGUUCCAGGCGGCAUGUCUGUUCAACCAUAUGUCCCCCAGCCUGCUGGAGGCCAGUACUCCCACCCACAGAACUUCCGUCGCCAAGAGCCUGCUCAGCGUACCCCAGCUCAUGGCGGAUAUGGCGCUCCUCACAUGCACGGCCAGCCUCCUCAGCAAUCGCCAUAUGGUCAUCCUAACAUGCCCUACGGCGCUGCUUCGCCCAGCCGCGGUCCCUAUGGCGGACCUGCUGCUCCCACUCCCUAUGGAGCUCACCCGGCUGCGGCGCCUGUUGCACACGGUGCCGCUCCUCACGCGCCCGUUGGUGCCAUCCCUGGACAGCCUUUAACGCAACAGAUUUUCAUUCCCAACGACAUGGUUGGUGCCAUUAUUGGAAAGGGAGGUGCCAAGAUCAACGAAAUCCGCCAGCUCAGUGGCAGUGUCAUCAAGAUCAACGAGCCUACUGACAACAGCAACGAGCGUCUCGUCACUAUUACAGGUACACAAGAGUGCAAUCAAAUGGCGUUGUACAUGCUGUACUCGCGACUAGAAUCGGAGAAGCACCGUAUCUAA